CCUCGUUGCCGCUCCUCUUAAGGGAAGUAGCGCCGCCAUUUUAUCUGGCGGACUGAAGUGAACGUUGCGGUUCCGCACGGCCGAAACGAGUUUCCUGAAAACGCUCUGCCAUUGCCGUGAGUGUCGGGUCUCCUUUCAGGCUGUAGAGCGGAGGCGGAAACGAAGCUUGGAAUAGAAUGAGUGGCUGUCGUGUCUUUGUUGGACGUUUAAGCCCCCAUGCUCGGGAACGAGACGUAGAGAAAUUUUUCAAAGGAUAUGGCCGUAUACGUGAGAUUAAUCUCAAAAAUGGCUUUGGUUUUGUGGAAUUUGAGGAUCACAGAGAUGCAGAUGAUGCAGUUUAUGAAUUGAAUGGCAAAGAGCUGUGUAAUGAAAGGGUUACAAUUGAACAUGCCAGAGCCCGGAGAGGGGGUAGGGGCAGAUACCCACAACGAUUCAAUUAUUACCAGUCCUAUGGGGGUGGAUCUAGUCAGUAUGGUCACCCUCUUCGUACUGAACACACUAUAGUUGAGAAUCUUUCUUCACGGGUCAGCUGGCAGGAUUUGAAAGACUUCAUGAGGAAAGCUGGGGAAGUUACUUUUGUGGAUGCUCACAGAAACAAUCCAAAUGAAGGAGUGGUAGAGUUUGCAUCAUCCAGUGACAUGAAGAGUGCAAUGGAUAAAUUGGAUGGAAGUGAAUUGAAUGGACGUAGAAUUAAACUAAUUGAAGAUCGCAAAAGGCGCAGGAGCCGGUCUCGUUCUCGAAGUUAUUCAUCUCGCAGCAAGUCAAGAUCUGCAAGAUCCUCUAAGUCAACCAGCAAGUCUCGUUCUAAAAGCCGCACCCCGGAAAAAAGGAGCUCUCGAAGCCGUACACCUGAAAGAAAAAGCUCUGAAAAAAAACCACUCUGGCACGCAGAAUUCCUCUCCAUCUCCUCCGCCAAAGAAGAGGUCUCGCUCCAGGUCAAGUUCUGCUGAAAGCUGUACUUAAAAGAUAUUUGAGAAAUGUAUAAAUGUUUAAUUUCCAAAUCAAAUUUUCUACAAGCUUAAAUAAGUUGUGGAUGGGGGUGUUCUCAAAUGAGCACAGACAUCUGAAGAGCGCACGUAGGUAGGUAAAUUGUAAACGGUAAAAAAAAACACCAAACCAAUAAAUUGGCAAAUUAUAAUUACUCAAAUGUACUAUGCACUGUGUUGAGGCCUUGCUGAAUAAAGUAGGACACAUUGGGAGUGUUUUCCUCAUUGGUAUAUUCAAUGAAUUUAAGACCUAGACUGUGGUGUUGCUUUUCAGAAUCCUUUGUGCUUUGCACAUAGAUUGUUUUGUACUUAGCAACCAAUAAGCCACCAAGUUAAUUACUAAUGUGAAAUUUGAAGGUGGACAUAGCAGCUCUGUUUAAUAGUGCACAGAAAAGUAUGUUGAUCUUGAAUGAUUAGUUGCUUAUACUACACUAAUAUUUAUAUAUCAAAAUAGCAAAUCUCAGAAAUGUUUAAUGUUACCAGGUUAAGUUGUGAUACAUUUCGGAAGGCUAGUUUAAAUUAGUUCUUGGUUGAGAAGCGUGUUUCCACUUUGAGUUUGCUCUGGACUGGUAAUAAAUUUUUCAUAAUAUUCCAAAUAGAAAGGAAUCUUCAAUGCAGCAGUUCAGGAAAAUAUUUAAUCCAUUUUAUGAGAACGCUGUCAUUUUGUAGAGGAUGCCCUUAAAAAUUUAAAACAUGCCCCUCUUACUGAAGCUCCAAGUUUUUAUUUUAAUAG